AUGGCUUCUCCAAAAGGGGCCCCAAGCUCACAGCCUUUCCCGCUCGCGCAGCUCCUGAUCGUCGGAUUGUGCAGAUGUUCGCAGCCAUUCGCCAUCGCCUCCCUCCUCCCGUACCUUCCCUCCUACCUCGAAAACCUCUCCAUCCCCACUACAUCAAUCGCAACCUACCAAGGAGCUUUCCUCGCCACUCUAGGUAUCUGCGAAUCCACCUUCGCCAUCCCCUGGACCCGUCUCGCCGACCGCAUCGGCCGCAAGCCCGUCAUCGUCGCGACGCUAAUAACCCAACUCCUCGGGAACUUGGCCCUCGGCUUCUGCACGCAAACAUGGCAGGCUUUCGCUUGCAUGAUUGUCAUUGGCAUUUCGAAUGGCAAUGUUGCUGUUAUGAGGGCGAUUGUGGCGGAGAUGGUUACGGCCAAGGAGCAUCAGGCGAGGGCGUUCAGUUUUACGCCUAUGGCGAGUGCAGCUGGGACGUUGCUCGGGAGUCUGAGCGGUGGGUGGUUGAGUGGAGUUAGGCUGGGAAGCGGGUGGCCUGUGUUUGUGUUGCCGACUCUUGUUAGUGCAAUAGUGUUUCUACCGGCUGUUGGGUCGGCUAUCUUCAUGUUAGAGGAGACCGGCAGGGUGAAGCUAGGAUACGAGAAAGUGUCACUCAGCGCCUCAAAGGACAUUGACGACGAAGAAGACUCCGACUCAAUCGAGCUUGACGACGCUCAAAAGAAAGACCCGGACCUCGAAGACCAGAGACGACCCUCAACCCACGAAGACCGCCAACCCCCAACCAACCGCACGACCUUCUUCCAAAUCGUCCGCAACCCCUUCAUCUGGCUCAACGCCCUCGUAGCCCUCCACUCCGUCGGCUCAGACAACAUGCUGCCGCUCGUCCUGCAGUACCCCUCCUCCCGACCGACAACCACCUCCCCGCUCACCAGCCUCUUCACAACCACCUACGGCUACGGCACAACACCCCGCUUCACAGGCCUCCUCUUCUCCGCCGCCUGCGUCUCCGCCAUGGUCGUGUCGAGUACGAUUUACCCACGCCUCGCCAAGACGAAAUCGCAUUCCAAGAUCUUGCUGGGCACCCUCCUGGCGUACCCCCUAAUCUACUUCACUUUCCCCUUCACCCUUCUCCCCACCAGCCAACUCCUCUCGCUCAGCACGCUUACCCUGCUCUUCCUCCUGAAGGGAGGCGUCUUCAUCUGCGCUCUCCAGGCGAGUAUGAUCUGCCUCACCAACAGCGUUGAGAAGGAGAAUGUCGCAUUGGCGCAUGGGGUCAACUUCACGCUUGGGGGACUUGGUCGAGGACUGGGUAGUGCGCUUGUUGGGGGACUGUUUGAGAUUGGGCUGAGAUGGGGGGCAAUUGUUGUUCCGUUUUGGGGAUUGGCGGCUAUUAGUGGUGGUAUUGCGCUUGGGAGUUUGGUGGUGAAGGGGUUGCGGUGA